CUUGGUCUUUCAAUCUAGGCUUCGACAGUGAUUGACGCCGCCUGGGCUCUCUCCUCAAAUCCUCGAAUUCGACCUUCGUCAUCAGUUCCGACGUGUCCUUCCGCCCGACCGAGCGUUCCGCUGCCGACUUUUAACCCUGGCUAGUCCAUACGACAAACGGGCAAUAUAAUCCAAGGCUGUCUCCCAACGGAUGAAAGCCCCGGCUUUUUCGUCAAGUUGUGCUCGUCUCUCUGGUCAGAAUCAAUUGCGUUGGACAGCGCGCCAGCAUGCCCUUCGACCUAGAAAGAUAACCAGUCAACAACACCCUCCCGAUACCCUACCGAAACCGCCGUCCCGAGGUCUUUCCAUAGAUUAUGACCGACAAGCUGCCGUCACUGCUGACGCCAAUCGCGCCUCCUAGUCGGACUUCAUUCUCCGUCUCUGCUGCCGUUCCUGUCCAAGAUGGUAUACGAGCGCAGGAGAAUGUUGAGGAAGAGCCGUACACCAUCAGGUGUAUCUGCAAAUACCCCGACGAUGACGGAAACACGAUCUACUGUGAACUAUGCGAUACGUGGCAGCACAUUGAAUGCUACUACCCCCACAACUCUGAGGAUGCUCUCCGCGAUCCAGACUUUGCACACUUCUGUGUUGAGUGCCAGCCAAGGCCCUUGGAUCGGGAACGAGCCAAAGAAAACCAGAGGCGCAAGCUUACAACAGGCGUCACUGAAGGAAUGACAGACAAGAAGAGCAAGCGUCCUCUCUCAAAGAGCCACAAGAAGAAGCCGAAACCGAGCGACCUGCCAUUGACUGGUCAGCACUCGAAAGCCGAAAAGCAAGCCAGCACGCAGGACAGCCAUCCUCCAACGAAGAAAUCGAAAAGCUCGCACAAAUCUAGUCAUUCGGUUAGCUCACAGGCUGCGAAACGCAGUCCACAAUUCGGUAGCACCAAGUCCAACCAUGCUCAUCCUCCUAGUCCUGCGGCGACGCCACCUGACCUGCCUGCCGACUUUGAGAUACAUACCUAUGCCCCUGCGUUGCUAUCCGGCUCCAGCGACCGAGGUGUCGAGAUUGUACAUACCAACAGUUUUGCUAGCCUCCAGGUGUCAAACGCCAUCUCGGCUUGGCUACGAGACCACAACAAACUCCAGAAAGAGACGGGUUGGGCCUACGCUGACAUUUUUCAACCUCUACCCCCAAAUAUUGAUCAGCUAAAAAGGCCAGUGGAUAUUGAGCUUUCACGGAAGACACUCGGUCAAGGCACCGUCGCUUCUUGGAAGUGCCUCAAAGCGCCAUCGGCUAUUGCUCAUAACGUCCCUCUUGUGGAACUGAAUGGGCAGAUCGGUAUUCAGAGCAGUUAUUGCGCAGAUCCCGAUAGCCGGUGGCAAGAGCUGACGUCCCCGCUUCCUUAUGUCUUCUUCCACCCCAUGCUUCCCAUUUAUAUCGACACCAGGAAAGAAGGAUCCCAGGCUCGCUAUAUCCGACGAAGCUGCAAGCCUAAUGCCAUGCUCGAAACAUAUCUUUCAGACGGCUAUGAGCUUCACUUUUGGCUUGUAACCGACAGGAAGGUCGCAGCUAGGGAAGAAAUCACACUGCCCUGGGAUUUCCGAUUCCCCAAUGAGAAUAAGUCACGGAUGCUCCGGGUCCUGGGGCUCAGUGACGAAGACACUUCAGCCCACGCCGAGUCUUCUUUGGACGAUGGGGAAUACCAGGCACUUACGAGCUGGCUGCAUAACAUCCUUUCCGAAUAUGGAGGCUGUGCGUGCAACCUUGGAUCAGAAUGUGCAUUCGCCCGCUUCCAUCGGAAUCAUUUGGGCAAAUCACAGGCGCCAGCAAACCCACCAAAGACCAAGAAGCGAAAAAGCAAAACACAGAGUUCGUCCACCAUCGGCACAGGGCCAGCAACGGACAGUCGAGCAGCUAGUGAAGGCCACCUUGAGGAUGCUCCCGAGAAUGAUCGCCGAUCAGUGUCUGGCUCAGCACGGAGCAAGCCUUCAAGCCGAGACCUCACCCCCACGGCCCGCCAGGGAUCAUUCGACACUCUUGGGAUAUUAACAGAGCCGACCGAUCGGGACAAGCGGAAGGUCUCCAUGAUCGAAGAGACCUUCCGCCGGAUCGAGUUACAGCAACAACCUACCAAGAAGCGGAAAGCACGCGGCUCUGAUGCGGCUACUACCUCCAAAAAAGGUAGCAAGAGCAGCGCUACAAUCCAGACGACAAAUGCGACGAAUGGAGCCGACGAACGCCACUGCCACUUUGCCAAUGGUGAAACAGCAAUUACCAGCAAAGCAACAUCACCAGCAGCAAGUGCGAAAUCUAGUCGGGUCACCAAAUCGAAGAAAACCAGUUCAAGGAAAGGAUCUGUUGCCGUCGUUUCCCAUCCUGUUCCUGCGCAGCCAGUCCGUUUGCCGUCUCGCCCCAAGUAUGCCGAUGCUGGUACUCAAACGAACCCCGACACCGAGGCCAACCCUGCACCCUCGCCGGCACGACCGAAAAGGAGGUUGGUUUCGGUCACGAUGCGCAUCAUGCAGCAUCAUCGCUGGCUGAAAGAGCAGCAGCGCAAGCAACGACUGCUCAAUCAGGCGGUUGCUACUGUCCCAAUGGAUGUGGAUACUCCAAAGGACAACAAGGCUGUGGUUUCAGUUGCUGGUUUGGUUCAGGAUACAACUUUGAAGCCCAGUGCACCAGCCAAGGCCACCACAAGUGAUGUCGAGAUGCCCGACGCGCCCACCGUAUCAGCGAGUCACUUAAAGGCUACCCAAAGUACUUCUGUCGUUACUGCUCCAAAGAGCAAAGUCUUGGAUCUGAGGGUUCCCAUGCCACUUGUUCCGCCCUUUCCAAGUUCAACCUCUUUGGCCUUGACCUCUACCACUUCUUUACCUGCAGGGACUUCGGUGGCUCAGUCAUCAUUUUCCGUUACUGGUCUGCCAAGUCCCCUGGGGCCGUCGUCUAUCAAUGGUCUGACUGCAAACCCAAGCCCAAUAAAGAAAAAGUUGAGCUUGAGUGAUUACACCAAAAGCAGGAUGAACAAAGCUGCGGCAGCUCGCCCAUCGGUUAGCGUGCCCUCUCUGAAGCCCAAUGCUGCUUUGGACCAGCCAAAGCUGACCACCAGUGACGACAAUGGUGGAGCUGCUUCUGGCUCCCCAACCACGGAAAAGGUGACUGAUACGACUGGCUCGACCACAGCCGCUUUGGCCUUGACAACUGCAAGCAGCUCUGUGUAACAAGUAUAUAGACUAAGGUCUUCCCGUGUAUGGAUUAAUGGUGGAGGAUGUUUUCAAGUAUUUCUGUUAGCGGCUUCUUACUCAGUGUC